AUGAGUCAAUUUCAAUUAUUUCCACCUCCAUCGCCUGAGGUAAAGAAGUCUAACAAUCCAUUUCGAAAAGUCGGGAAAAAGCCAGUAGCUAUAUCGGAGCCAGCCUCUUCAAUUCCUCUUGAGGAGAUCAAGGAUUCUAGCAAGACAGAAUCCUUGCUCCUUCAGAUUAUCGAAGACACCCAGAGCUUUCCACCUCCACCAACAGAUGCUUCAAGAUCCAAAUCUCCGCUCUCUGUGGCGGGAGUGUCUCGGGAUGACUCGAAAUCUCCUCAGUCCAUGCACAGUCAGAACCGUCAAGCCAAGAGAGUGAACCAUAAGGCCCAGCCUUCAGAAGGUAGUCAAUACAGCAGCAGUAGCAGCUAUCAUACCACGGCAACAACUGCCUCCCCACAGUCAUCUCAGUCGUCGGCGUCCUCAGUCCCGAUGAGAUCGAUGUUCCCUCAGUUCGAUCCAAAACUGCCUCUCAAUCAGCAGGCAUAUCAGCCACAGCUUCCAGAACUCCCACGACCCGUCAAGUCUACCCGGAAGCCUCCUAAGCUCACGCUGUCGACAAAUACUGAUAUUGACCAUGUGCUCGGGCCAAAGACUGUGCCUGCGAGUGUGCUCAAUUUCCCAACUGGUGCUCUGGAGUCCGAGGAGGUGACGUACUCGUCCAUGGAAGAGUUGAAGAUGCUGUGGGAAACGGCCAAUGGUCAGCGAACGCGAGAUCUUGUGGGAACAUUGAACCUACGCAUGACAAAAACGGGACCAGCUACAUUUACUCUUGGAAAUUCCCAGAACCCAUUCUACACCCUACAAACAUACUCAACCAACGAACUCUCCUUGAGCAGAUGCGAUCCUUCCAGACCAACCCACGACGUACCAAUCAUGAUGAUGAGCCUCGAAGACCGCAUACGCCGCGAACAUCCCAACGAUGGACUUGUGACCCUACUCUUCUCCCGACUAGCAGCCAUGUUGGCAAUAGACCAGGCCGAAGAGAUCAGCAAGCAACACCACCUCACUCCGGCCGAGACAGCCGAAGUAGAAACCGACGCACUCAAACGAGCCGCAGCACAAGAAUCCUGCCGAUUAUCCUGGAACCGCCAUCAACGACUAUACGAACUACGACAUCCCUAUCUCUCACGACACAAUCCGCCCGCUCUUGUCGGCGCCGCCGGAAUCCCCCUCUCACCCGUACGAUCCGAGUCUUCAGGAAUGGUACACAUCACAGUCUCCAAACCCUCGAGCGACGCCUCUCCCCGUCAACCACCAACAAUCAUUGUCACCGGCCCGGUCUCUUCCACAGCAAUGGAAGCCGCCCAGCAAGCUGCUAAUCUACGCACGUCCGUACUCCCUGUCACAGACUUCGACGAGCCGCUCGCAUCCUUGGACUUUGCUACCAAGACAUUGUCAAUUUCGCCUGCUGCUGUUAUUGCUACAAUUCCCUCUUUAUAUGCAAUCGACUCCCUUGUUGCUGCAAUGUUGGCAGUCGCCGUCUCCGACGAAGCUACGAACCCUAUCCUUGCAGAUAUGAUUCUCGGAUCGCCCAAAUCGUCGAGACCACCUACCUCCCACAAUCCCGGAUCUUACUCCAUGCCUGUGUUCCAGGGUAAACUGGUUACAACGGUUGCUGAGCGCGAAGAUGCAGCAGAUAGCAUGAACUUGGCAUCGCAGAUUAAAUCCGCACAGAAAAAGUCCAAGGAAGCCUCUGGCAAGAAGAGUGUUUUCAAGUUUUGGAACAGGUCUUCUACCAAGCCUCGGGAGAAUAUUCGGGACUCGAAGAAAAGUAAGAAUCGACAGAUUGUGGUUGAGGAGUUCGAUUUGGAGAAGUAUGGUCGAUACGGGAAUGGUUCUUCGCGAGAAGGGGAGAAGUUGCCUGGGGCUACUCGUACCAUCUUGCGUAUACUGUUCUUUGGCUUGGAUCUGAUUGUGAAGGGAUUGACGCUCAUUGUCAAGAUUCUCGCUUGGUUCUUGGUGAAGUCUACACGGUGUGUGACCAGUGAGAAGUUCUGA